AUGCUUUCCUCCAAGGAGAUCUCCAAGAGGAAAUUUACAUGCAUUUACCCCAAGGCUUUCCUAAGACCUAAACAACAUGAUAAGUUAUUGGUUUGUAAGCUUCAUAAGUCUUUGUAUGGCUUGAAACAAGCCUCCAAGGCUUGGAAUACUAAAUUUACUACUACAUUAUUGAUGGGAGGUUUCCAACAAUCACCUUCAGAUCACUAUUUUUUCUUUAAGAAGGAUCGAGCCAAUAUUGUCAUCCUACUCAUCUAUGUUGAUGAUUUGGUUAUUACGGGUAGUGAUGCUUCUCUUAUUCAAGCCACUAAAGACUUGCUCCAUUCUCAUUUUAAGUUAAAAGAUUUGGGAGCUCUUCGGUAUUUUUUAGGCUUUGAAUUUGUAAGGUCUUCCAAAGGUAUUAGCUUGUGUCAAAGGAAGUAUGCUUUGGAAUUAAUAGCUACAUCAGGUCUGGCUGCUGCUAAGCCAGCUUUGAUCCCUCUUGACCCAAAUCUGAAAUUUACUACUGUGGAGUAUGAUCAUAAUUUUCCUGGUCAGGAGGAUCCAGCUUUGUCUGACCCAUCGGUGUAUCAAAAAUUAAUUGGUAAGCUUCUUUAUUUAUGCUUGAUUAGGCCUGACCUUAGCUUUUCAGUGAACCUUCUUAGUCAAUUUAUGCAUCAGCCUAAGCAAUCUCACCUUAAUGUUGCCCUUAAAGUUGUUAGAUAUAUCAAGAGUUCUCCUGGUUUGGGUUUAUUUUUUCCUGCACAUGGUUUUAUUCAACUUCAAGCCUUUUGUGACUCAGAUUGGGCUUCCUGUCUUAUGACUCGCAAAUCUAUUACUGGGUUUUGCAUUUUUUUUUUAGGUGGUUCUCUAUUAUCCUGGAAGUCUAAGACGCAGGUUACUGUUUCCCGGUCAUCCUCUGAAGUAGAGUAUCGUGCUAUGGCCUCUAUAGUUUGUGAGAUUGUUUGGCUGACUCAACUUUUAACUAAUCUUGCUUUUCCAAUUCAGUUGCCUAUAUCUCUUUGCUGUGAUAAUCAAUCUGCCAUUCACAUUGCUUCCAACCGAAUGUUUCAUGAGCGUAUGAAGCACAUUGAUAUUGACUACCACAUUGUUCGUUCGAAGCUCAAGGAAGGUUUGAUACAUCCUACUCAUGAGCAGCCUGUUUAUGGUCCUCUUCAUCGGUACUUGUUGUCCAAGUUGGGAGUGAUUGACAUUCAUCACCCCCCAACUUGA